AUGUCGACGUCAACCGCGUCGCGCGUGUUCUCGGCAGACGACGACGACGCGAGGUCGAAUUCGUCCGGCGAAAUGGACGGAUCGCUGAGCGACGACGAGGUGACGCAGCAGCGCCUGCACAGUCGCCCGCAUCUCGCGACGACGGCGGAGGAUCUUACCGCGAACCUUCCCGACGAUUGCCUCGUGCACGUGUUCCGGAAGCUCGGAACGUUAGACGCGGAGACCAGGCCAAGCAUGUCGCUGCGCGCGACUCUAGACGCCGCUCCGGACCUCGCGAGCCUGUUCAGGCGGUUCACGGGCGUGCAGAAGCUGGUGCUGAAAUGCGAGCGCAACGUGCUGAGCAUCGAUGACGCGUCCUUGGAUACCAUCGCCCGGCAGUGCGUUUACCUGCGGAAACUCAAACUCAAGAACUGCCGACAGAUAACGGACGAUGGCAUGGAGAGGUUCGCCCAGGCCUGUCCGGAGCUUCGGAAGUUCUCGUGUGGGAGCUGCGGGUUCGGGCUGAGGGGGCUCAACGCCCUGCUCAAUGGCUGCAUGCACCUUGAGGACUUAACCGUCAAACGAAGCCUGCACCCCUCAUUGCCUAAAGACCGCGUCACGCAGAUCCCACACGUGUCGGACUCGCUCUCUCCACCGGCCAACCUCUCUCUGAAGCGCCUCUGCCUCAAGGACCAACGCCAGUCACACAUCUGGGUGCCGCUGCUGCAGCGCCUCUGCCUCAAGGACCAACGCCAGUCACACAUCUGGGUGCCGCUGCUGCAGCGCCUCUGCCUCAAGGACCAACGCCAGUCACACAUCUGGGUGCCGCUGCUGCAGGUGAGCGUGUUCCCCUUCUCGUGGUCUUUAAGUAGUCCAGGAACCCUCGUCCUGGCGCGCAACACAGGGCACUGGGAUCAAGUGCUUUUGCUGGGUAUCUCACUCCUCUCCGACUCUCCUUUCCUACCUUCUGUCACAUUGUUUCUGCUGCUGCAGGCCACGUCGAGGCUAGAAACCCUAAUUUUGGCACGGAAUGCGGGGCACUGGGACCAGGUGCUCGGCAGCUCUCUCAGGGAGAAGCUCACUCCGGAGCUGUCUCAGAUUUACGUGGAGAGGGUGCAGAUAACGGACAAGGGACUUCAGUGCAUCGGCAAGUGCCCCAAGCUAGAGGCGCUGGUGGUGGUGCGCACACCCGAGUGCACCGAUGCCGGCAUGGCGGCUGUAGCAGCCGGCUGUAGCGGGCUGAAGAGGCUGCACGUGGAGGGGUGGGCGCCGGGGCAUCUGGGAGACCCGGGGCUGUCAGCGAUCGCCAGGCACUGCCGGCAGUUACAGGAGCUGCUGCUGGUGUCCCAUGCCUGCACCGUCUCCUCCCUGCAGCUCCUCGCCUCCAACUGCCCGUCUCUCGAGCGCCUCACUCUCUUCUUAAGCCACAACAUGGGAGACCCAGAGCUCGCCACCCUUGCCUACUCCUGCUCCAACCUCCGCCGCCUCUGCGUGAAAGCCUGUAACAAGGUUACUGACCUCGGGAUUUACGCGCUCGCGAAUGGGUGCCCGAGCCUGCAGCGGCUGAAGGUGAGGCGGUGUCCGGCUGUUUCGGCGCAUUCGCUGAGUGUUCUGCAGGAGCAGAGGCCGACGUUGGUGAUUACGCAGGAGAGGAGUCGGGGCGGGGUGGGGAGAGGGGGGGAGAGAGGGGAAGGGAGGGAGGGCGGUGGGGGGAGGAGAGAGGGUGGAGGAAGGGGAGAGGGAGGGGCUGUUGUUGUUGGUGGUGGUGCUGGCGGUGCUGGUGGUGAUGGUGAUGGUGCAGAUGGGGGGGUUGGGGGUGGUGCGGGUGGGGGUGGUUUGGGUGGGUUGCUGGGCUCGUCUUUGACUGCGGGGGCUGAUGUUGCUGGGCCAAGCACCACCAGCACCAGCAGCAGCACCACCGGCGCCAACCACAGCAGCAGGUCCCCUUUGAGGUCGCCCAUGGGAUCGUUUUUUAGAAGCAGUGCUUCUGUGGGGUGUGAUGGAGCGGGAGGGAGUGGAGGGAGUGGUGGGGAAGCAGGGAGGGAGUCCGGGGCGGGGAGAGGUUAUAGGGCUCGCCCUCUCACGCCCCCGCUGCACCUCCCGCUGCGGUCUUCCCCCUCGCCUGUGCCUGCUCGCCCUGCUGAAGCCCCACCCCGACUCACUGGCAGCGCUAGCGGCACUGGUGGCAGUGGUGGCAGUGGUGAGGGUGGUAGCAGCAGCAGCAGCGGUGGGGGGGGUGGUGGGGGGGAAACUGGGGGUGUGGGAAGGGAAAGAGUGAUUGAAGGAGGUUGUGCAGCAGGUUUGGCUGCAGGUUCGGAGGCAGGUUUGGGGGCAGGUUUGGGGGUAGGCGGGGUAGGCAGAGGGUCAGGCACAGAGCAGGGAGCAGGAGGUGAGAGAAGGACAGAGAGUGUGGUUGGAGCAGAGGGGUUGAGGGAAACAGAGGCGGGUGGGGCUGCUAGGGGGUUACCAGAAGCAGCAGGGGCGGCUGGGCAAUUGGUGGCCCUUGGGAUCAGGGAAAGAGAGUGGGCUACUGUUAUGGCUGGUGGUGCUGCUGGUGAUGGUGCUGGUGGUGGGGCGCAAAUGGCGGAGGAGGAAUUUGAUGAGCUCUGUUUCGAGUUCGGCAUCGAGCUUGAUGAUGUGACCACAGAGAAGGCUAUUAUCCGCAAGGAGAAGCACCUAACGGACGAGGGUCCAGCGGAGGACGAGGAGGUGAUCUACAAGAUCGAGGUGCCUGCCAACCGCUACGACCUGCUGUGCCUGGAGGGGCUGGCCCGCUCGCUGCGCAUCUUCCUGGAAAUGGACCCUGUGCCCCAGUUCAAGCUCGCUGCUGCUGCCAGCCCCAUCCGCAUGACUGUCACGCCUGAGACGGCCCUGAUCCGCCCCUUCGUGGUUGGGGCAGUGCUGCGCAAUAUCACGUUCGACCAGCACCGCUACAACAGCUUCAUCGACCUGCAAGACAGGCUGCACCAGAACCUGUGCCGUCGCCGCACGCUUGUGGCGAUCGGGACACAUGACCUAGACACGCUCACACCACCCUUCACGUAUGAGGCCCUACCUCCCACGGAGAUCAAGUUUGUGCCACUCAAGCAGACCAAGGAGUUCAAUGCUGCUGAGCUCAUGGAGUUUUACAAGUCUCACAACAAGCUUAAGAAGUUCCUACACAUCAUCAGCGAAUCGCCUGUCUUCCCAGUGAUCUAUGAUGCCAACAGAACCGUGCUGUCUCUCCCGCCGGUGAUCAACGGCUCACAUUCAGCCAUCAAGCUGACCACGCGCAACGUGUUCAUCGAAUGCACCGCCACUGACCUCACCAAGGCCAAGAUCGUUCUCAACACCGUUGUCACCAUGUUCUCCGAGUUCUGCGAUAACAAGUUCGAGGUGGAACCGGUGGAGGUGGUAUCUACGGAGGGGCAGGUGGCGGUGUACCCUCAGAUGGAGGAGAGGGAUGUGGAGACAUCGGUGGGGUAUAUCAACAAGGCUAUUGGCGUUGACCUUAAAGCCGAGGAGAUCGCCCGGCUGCUGACGCGCAUGCAGCUGCCGUCCAAGGUGGUGGAGGGGCGGAGAGGAGAGGACGGGGCCGAGGUGGUAAGCGUGACAGUGCCGCCCACUCGCAGUGACGUGCUGCACCCCUGUGACAUUAUGGAGGACGUGGCUAUCGCACACGGUUACAACAACAUUGCUCGCACAGAGCCCAAGACGGUGUGUGAGGGCAAGCAGCAGCCUCUCAACCAGCUGUGCGACCUGCUGAGGGGCGAGGUGGCCCAGGCAGGCUUCACAGAGGUGCUCACGUGGGCGCUCAUCGCACGCAGCGAGAACUUUGAGAUGGUGAACUUGAAGGACGAUGGCAAGACGGCUGUUGUCAUUGGCAACCCGCGCUCUGCUGAUUUCGAGGUGGUGCGCUCGUCUCUCCUCCCCGGAAUGCUCAAGACCCUCGCCAGCAACAAGGACUCGCCCCGCCCGGUGAAGCUCUUUGAGGUGUCGGACGUGUGCCUGCUGGACGAGAGCAAGGACGUGGGGGCGAGGAACGAGAGGCGGCUCAUAGCGCUCUACUGCAACCUGCACUCUGGCUUCGAGGUCAUUCACGGUCUGGUCGAUCGCCUCAUGGAGUCGCUGGGAGUGGCGUGUGGAGGCCAAGCAGGGGCGGACGGGACAAAGGCUCUUGCUGAUGGGCCGGCAACGCAGGGUGACGAUGGGGAUGCUGCCAAGGCUGCCGCUGCUCUCAAGUACUUCAUUGCUCCCUCGCAAUCUCCCCAGUUCUUUGGGGGCCGUCAGGCCGAUAUCCUCUGUAAAGGAAAAUCCAUCGGCACUUUUGGUGUCGUUCACCCAGAGGUUCUUGCGCAUUUUGACAUCCCUGAUCCUUGCUCUGCUGUGGAGAUUAACCUAGAGCCGUUUCUCCAGUUAUAG